AUGCCUGCACGCAGCUGCAGAGGGGCAGCAGGCACGGGGCGAGGGGUGGUGGGGGAGGCAUCUGUCUGUGCCCUUCUGCCUGUCCGUGCGUCUCCCCACAGGCACGGGCAGCUCGGCCACGGCAGCCUGGAAUCGGAGCAGCGGCCGCGGCUGGUGGAGGCCCUGGGCGGUGUGUCCAUGAGGGCGGUGGCAGCUGGCGGGUGGCACUCGGCCUGCAUCAGCGAUGGCGGAGACCUCUACGUCUGGGGCUGGAACGAGUCGGGCCAACUGGGGCUGCCCUCCCGGGCGGUGGCAGAAGAGCAGGCAGAGGAUGAGGACGUGGGUGCAGGGCCCGAAGAGCCGCCGCUGCCUGAGGAGCCGCCAGGCCCUGCCUUCAUCUCCAUCCAGGCCUUCCCGGCCCUGCUGGACCUCCCGCUGGAGCCGGCUGUGGCUGCAGUGAGCUGCGGUUCACGGCACACGGCUGCGGUCACACGAGGCGGAGAGUUGUACACCUGGGGCUGGGGUAAAUACGGGCAGCUUGGGCACGGGGACCGUGCCAGUUGUGACCACCCACGGCGUGUGGAGCAGCUCUGGGCUGAGGGGCUGCGGGCGCAGGAGGUGGUGUGUGGGCCCUGGAACACGUAUGUCUGUGUCCUGCAGCACGGAGGGACGCGGGGCUCCCACCUGUCCAGCACAGCCCCAGCUCUGCAAGCUGGAACUGAGAUUGGGAGCUGCCCCGAGGAGCUCGGCCCCCAUCCUUGACCUCAGUGCUGGAGUGGUGCUGCUGCUGAAGAUGACACAGAACAAACGUAUUUAUUAAAUCUUAUUUUUUUUAACA